AGCAGCAGACAUCUGGAGUUUCCCAAGUUUGUCACUGCCUGCCAGCCUGCCCGCCAGCCAGCCGAUGCGAUGCGAUGCAAAUGGCCCGGCCCAGUCCCAGUCACAAUGCCAGUGCUUGGUGGAGUCUCUUCUCGUCUCCUCUCGCUCUCACACAAGAUUGAGCCCCCCUCUUAAUGCGUACACCAUGUCACAUCAAGUUGCCUCUUCAAGCCGUUGCCAAUGCCAAUGCCGCUCCCCGAUUACUUCAAAAACCGCUGUGCCCCUCGAUUUUCCCUACGCUCCUUUCCACCAAGUCAUUCACUCGUCUUCCUCAAGUCUCUCUUAGCCUUCCCUUAAGCCGCUCUCACUCCUCUGGUCCAAUUGCAUCUCGCCUUUGUGCGACACGCCCAACCCCGCAUCUUGGCCCCGUCCACCCUCCUCCUCCCUUAAAUACCCAUCAGCCGCAGACCAAGUCUCGACUAUUCCCCAAGGGUUCAAUCAUGUCGUCCACGGAAAUCAUGCUGAUGGCUCCAGAAAUGAUGAAGAACAGCAGUCCGGACGCCAAAGUCAGCCACUUUGAGCAUAUUGAGGUUGAACCUAUCACACUCAAUGACCAUCAUAUGCAUUUACCACAAGGACUCUCCCAGACGGAGGUAACACGGGAAGAAAAAUGGUUUGUCGGCAGCAUUGAUCAAGGAACCACGUCUUCAAGGUUUCUGAUCUUUGAUGGUGAAGGAACGCCAGUUGCCAGCCAUCAGAUAGAAUUUGAAAACAUAUAUCCCGACUCAGGGUGAGCUUGCAAUCACCAUUCUUCUUCUAUAAUAUCUGCUAAUCAUAUCCUCUAGUUGGCACGAACAUGACCCUUAUGAACUAGUUUCCUCCGUCGAGCAAUGCAUUGAGAAAGCCACGGAAAGCUUCUUGGAUCUAGGGUAUACCAAAGACCAAAUCAAAGCUAUUGGAAUAACAAAUCAACGAGAAACAACCGUCUGCUGGGAUACAACCACAGGAGAGCCUUUAUACAAUGCUGUUGUAUGGCCGGAUACUCGUACUGCAUCCAUUGUCCAUGAAUUGAAGGCCAAACCUGGUGCGGAUGACUUGUUACAAAUGUGUGGCUUGCCAUUGUCAACAUAUCCUUCAAGUGUCAAACUCCUAUGGCUCUGCCGAAACGUGGAAGCCAUCAAGAACGCAUACGACGAGGGUAGGUUGUCUUUCGGAACCGUCGAUAGCUGGCUGAUCUACAAGCUCAACGGAGGGAAGAAUUCCGAAGUUCAUGUUACGGACAGUUCGAACGCUUCUCGUACUAUGUUCAUGAAUCUCCAUAGUCUCCAGUAUGAUGAAAAGCUUCUUAACUUUUUCGGGCUUGAUCAAACCAAAGUCAAGCUUCCCAAGAUCGUCCCAUCUUCUGAUCCAGAAGCUUAUGGAAAGCUCGCCUCGGGAGCCUUGAAGGACAUUAAGAUUACGGGUUGUCUUGGUGAUCAGUCUGCAGCUUUAGUUGGCCAAUGUGGCUUCUCACCAGGACAGGCUAAGAACACUUAUGGAACAGGUUGUUUCUUACUUUAUAACGUCGGGGAAAAGCCCGUCAUCUCAAAACACGGCCUUUUGGCGACUGUUGCUUACGAUUUUGGCGGCGGACGCAAGCCAAUUUAUGCUCUUGAGGGCAGCAUUGCAGUUGCUGGCUCAGGAGUCAAGUUUCUGAUGAACAACUUGGGCUUCAUUAAUCACUCGAGCAAAAUUACUGAAUUGGCGGAAACGGUCAGCGAUAAUGGUGGUGUUGUUUUUGUCACUGCCUUCAGUGGGCUUUUUGCACCUUACUGGAUUGACGACGCCAAGGGAACCCUAUGUAAGUCACUUCCUAAUUCUACUACUGCUCCACUAUACUCAUGAUUAUUUAGUCGGCAUCACAGCACACACCCAAAGAGGUCAUAUCGCACGUGCAACCUUAGAGGCUACCUGCUAUCAAACCAAAGCAAUUCUCGAUGCAAUGGAGAAAGACUCUGGUCAUAAGCUCGGAGGGCUUGCUGUCGAUGGAGGCAUGUCCAACUCGGACCUCACCAUGCAAACUCAAGCAGACAUCAUUGGCAUCCCCGUUGACCGACCCGUAAUGAGAGAAACGACCGCGCUCGGGGCAGCGAUCGCAGCUGGUUUCGCCGUGGGCAUUUGGAAGCAUUUCGACGAGCUGAAAGAAAUCAACAAAGAAGACCGAGCGAUCUUCACGCCUCAGGUUGAUCGGAAGAAGAGCGAGAAGAUGUUCAAGAAGUGGGAGCAGGCCGUUGAGAUGAGCAGAGGCUGGGUGCUCGAUAACUCGGACGAGUAGAGUGGGUUGAGGGUUCCUAUCCAGGUCGGAUGGUUGGUUGGUGUUUAUGGGUUUAUGGUUUUUGGGUGCACCUUGAUGAUUUUAUGAGCUACCGGCGAAUCUACGGACGUCGAGUUGAGAUAUUUCUAGAAGUAUUGUUUAUUGUUUAUUUGUUUAUUGUUUGUAUAAUUAUAUAGAGUAUAGAUACCAUUGUAGCUAGCGCGUUUUGUUUUAAAUCCUACCAGAAUCAAAUAUGACG